AUGCUGAGGCCACUCCAGCGCCGCGGGCUCGCAGUAGCCUGCUCGACGCCACGACUCGCUGGUGGCCGACUUCGGCCGCCGCCGCAGGCACGACGACCGCUCUCCAGCUCCUCCAACAGCUUCCCAACAGCUUCGCAAUUUAACCGGUCAGAUUUUACAGGCCAGCCCUUUACCGGGAGCUAUGAGCCUGGUCUGCCGACGUCCGGCCCGCUGGGAUCCACUCCCGCGUUCGGCGCGCCGCGAAUCACCCCAAAGGUGCUGAAGCAGUACCUCGAUCAAUUCGUGGUCGGACAGGAUCGCGCCAAAAAGGUGUUGAGUGUGGCGGUAUACAAUCAUUACCAGCGGGUGCAGGAGCUGCAGCGGCGCGACGAAGAGGCGGCGGAGCUCCUGGCUAAGCAGCAGCGGAGAGAUGCACUGGAGAGCCAUCCCCUAGAAGCGGAGUUCCCAGGACAACAGCGCACGGUUGGUUUGUCUUCAUCUUCCAAAUCCCGCCAGGCGGCCCCGCUGGAUCCGACCGAAACCGUCGAUGCGUCUGCCCCACAACUGGAUAAGUCCAAUAUAUUGCUACUCGGUCCAUCCGGCGUCGGCAAAACGCUAAUGGCCAAAACCCUCGCUCGGGUACUCUCUGUUCCAUUCAGUAUUUCGGACUGCACGCCAUUCACACAAGCCGGGUACAUUGGAGAAGACGCCGAGGUGUGCGUACACCGGCUUCUCGCUGCAGCGGAUUAUGACGUCGAGCAAGCGGAGCGUGGGAUCAUCGUCCUGGAUGAGAUGGACAAGAUUGCAGCGGCUAAGGUCAGCCACGGCAAAGAUGUCGGCGGUGAAGGCGUGCAGCAGGCGCUGCUCAAGAUUAUCGAGGGCACCACCGUGCAGGUUCAAGCGAAGUCCGAGAAGAACCCUCGAGCUACCAGCCCUCCAAAUACCUAUCCCGCCAACAGUCCUUUGGGCAAUGCCUCAUUCCAACCUAGCGGUCAAGGCCACACGUCUCAGAAAGGCGAAGUCUACAAUGUUCGCACGGACAAUAUCCUUUUUAUCUGCUCUGGUGCUUUUGUCGGUCUACACAAAGUAAUCAUGGACCGGAUCUCACGCGGUUCAAUCGGGUUCGGCCAACCUGUUCGCUCCGCUACAAGCCCGUCCAAUGGCCGACCUGGCUCCUCUGAUACCUCGCAUACCGAGCCUCUUCCUAUCGUCCCGGGUUCCGAGGAGGAGGCAUUAUACAAGAAACACCUCCCGUUCUUCACCUCUGCAUCCCCCUCAACUCCGGGUAGCGAACCAACCUACUUCAAUGCCCUCGAUCUACUAACUCCCUCCGACCUACAAAGCUACGGCUUCAUUCCCGAGUUAAUUGGACGACUCCCCGUCACCGCCGCACUUUCGUCCCUCACACAACCUCUCCUUCUACGCAUCCUCACCGAACCCCGCAACUCCCUCUUAGCACAGUACACGACUCUCCUCUCACUAUCCGGGAUCGAGCUCCGCUUCACCACACCAGCACUGCACAAAGUCGCCGCCAACGCUUUCAAAAUGGGCACCGGCGCCCGCGCACUCCGCACAGAGAUGGAAACUAUCCUCAGCGACGCCAUGUUCGAAGCCCCCGGCUCGAGCAUCAAGUUCGUGCUCGUCACACAAGCCGUCGCCGAGCGUCAAGAGAAACCCAUCUAUCUUGCUCGCGGACAGGGAGGCCGAUUCCACGCAAUGAUCUCCGCAGAAGAGAGCCAGUGGGAGGAAAAGACGCGACGCGAUAAGAAGGGUCAAGAGAAGAAGAAAGGGAAGGGACAGAAUGGGGGUGAGACGACGCAGAAUGCUUCUAGUUUUCAGGAGUAUCGGAAACGAGCAGUCGGGUGA